AUGUUAGAUACGAUGAGAGCAGCAGGUCAAGAAAAGAUCGCACUCAAGAUCAUCAAACAAAACCAUUCAAAGAAGAGAAACAGGUCACGUAAUGGUCAGCUUUGGACAUGGACAUGCAAAUUACCUAUUAACUUAGAGAGGUAUCAGAUCUUCAACGAACUUAAUGCAGAGACAGCAAAGAAGAUGAUGAAAGAUUCAUGUUUCAUCUACGCUUGUAUUCAAGCUGGUGUUGACGAAGCAACAAUUAAUCAUAUGAGGGAAAUCAUUCGUGUCAAAGAUUUUCCAAUGUCAAAGAUUAAGGUUAUUGCCAAAGAAACAGGAAUAAGGUUCCAUGUCAUCAAAUACAACGAGAAGUAUUCAAAUCAUUCAUAUACUUAUGAACCAGAUGAAGAACCAAAGAUGACAGUAGAACUUUUAUUAAUGUAUGACCACUACAUGUUGAACGAAAAGCUUCCAAUAAGUUCAAUGUUCAUCAAGAACUAUGAAGAUGUUUGUAAGUUGUGCAAGGAUUGGACUUUAGAGAAGAAGAUGUUAGUUAACAGAAGAUAUGAAACAAGGUAUGCAAUUAACUCAAAGUUAGUUACACCACUUGCAAAAGUCAUUGAACUCUUGUUUGCUAACAAUUAUUUCGAACCAAUUAGAACAGGAGAACUUUGCACAUACUUCACAACGAUGUAUAAUGAGAACCUUGAAGAAAUGAUUGACCUCACAUACAAUGAGCGUUAUUGCGCAAGGAUGAAGAA